AUGCAUCAAGACACACUUACAAAAGCAAAAGAAGUGGUGAGAUUUAUUUAUGGACAUACAUGGGUGUUAGAUUUAAUGAGAUCAUUUACAAAUAAUCAUGAACUUCUUCGUCCUGCUGUUACUUGCUUUGCUACAACAUAUCUCACACUUCAAAGCAUUCAAAAGCAAAAACAAGCUCUUAGAUCUAUAUUUUCUUCUGAAGCUUGGAAUAAAUCUGCUUGGGCUAAGAAACACGAGGGGGUGAAAGCGAGAGCCAUAGUUCUGUUUGAUCAAAAAUUUUGGCCAUAUAUUGCUUAUUGUGUGAAAAGUGUUGCCCAUUUAGUGAGUGUUUUGAGAGAAGUAGAUUCAGAGGAAAAACCAUGCAUGGGAUAUUUGUAUGAUUUGAUACAUAGGGAUAAGGAAAAAAUAGCCUUGAAUUGUGGAUAUACUGAAAACAUAUAUGCUCCCAUUUGGAAAAGAAUUGAUGAUAGAUGGACUCGCCAACUGUGUCGUCCACUUCAUGUUGCAGGGUACUAUUUGAAUCCGCAAUUGCGAUUUGAGGAAAGAUUUUCUAUUAACUUUGAGGUCAAACAAAGUUUGUACCAAUGUAUGGAAAGAAUGUUGGAUUAUGAAGAGGGAUUUAAAGUGGAUGUUCAGUUAGAUUCAUAUGACCAAUUGAAAGGGGAUUUUGGAUGUCAGAUAGGUAUGGAUUCUAGGAAAGUGAGAUCUCCUAUGGAUUGGUGGAUAUGCUUUGGCGGGAAGAUUCCAGAGUUGACUAAAUUUGCAAUUCGUGUCUUGAGUCUCACUUGCAGCUCCUCGGGUUGUGAACGAAAUUGGAGCACCUUCGAGUCG